CUCUAGUUCCUGAUCAUUUGACACCUGACUCUCUGGGAGGCUCGUUGGAAGUCUGCGUCGCAUUUUGAUGACGGGGAAACUGUGCGACCGAAAAACAAGUCAGGAACCAACUUCACGGACAAGCAGAUUUUAGCCCCGUGCUGGCAAUGGGGGACAUGAAGACCCCAGACUUUGAUGAUUUGCUGGCAGCUUUCGACAUCCCUGACAUUGAUGCCAAAGAGGCCAUCCAGUCAAGUCCUGAGGAAGAACAGGAUGAAGAAGGCACUGAUGGGGAUGAGGGAAAGAGUGGGUCUCCUUCAUGCUUUUCCUCCUCUCCAGCCUCACACAGUGACCCCCCUGUGGUCAGUGUUAUUGUGAAGAACAAGGUGCAGUCUGAGCUUUAUGAAGAAGGGAAUGAGUCUGUACAGAAUAAAGCAGAUAACUCCUCAAGCAGUGGUUUAAACCCUCAGGUGAAGGUCAAGUUUAGUGACCACACAUCCCGGCUUGGUCCCAAAUUGCCUGCUGAUGCUUGCCCUUUACUGCCUCAGAUUGCCAAUGGAGUUGAGGAUUCUGUCCCCAAGGAACAGGGACUGUCCAACAUAGAGCCAUGUUCUUCACCAUUACCAUCCACACAGAACACCAAUGAGGGUCAAGGUGAUAAAGGAGCUGAGGUUGGAUCAGGGCAGGACACAGCUGAUGUUGUAAACAAUUUGAAGCCUCUUCUACACAUUCAGCCUCCUGCAAGGGCCAAUCCCAACUCUUCCACUCCCCCCUGCCAACACUCCAUCAGCCCUCACUCUCCUCCCUCCCCUGAGGAGGAUAAUAAUUGUCACUUCAGCAAUGCAUCUUCCCCCUCUUCACCAAAAAACAGAGCUCUUAAGACUGUUAUGCACUCAGAUGAAGAGGACUCCGAGCCAGACUUAGGAAGUCCGCUUGUGAUCCAGGAGAGCCCAGAAUCUGAAAUGUCUUCCCCUCCAAGUUUCAAACACAGAGCAAGAGAACGGUCCAAGCUGCUAGAGUCUCGUGUGUCCACUCCCAGUCUAGUGUCUCAUCCUCACCCUCCUUCUCUUACACCUUCAAAUCCCAGACCCCAACGGGAGGAAAAGAAACUCCCCACCUCGCCUAGACCUCUCUCUUCAGCUUCUCGGCCAAAAAGCCCCCAGGACGACAGCACAGACUCUAGAUCAGUGCAAGAGGAGAAAUAUCCAGAGCAUGUUAUUGAUGAGAGGGACUCACCAGAGAGCCCACCCCCCAGCGAGACAGGUCUUGUAGUCCACAAGAAAAGCAGCAGCCCUGAUGAUGCUCAGAAAUCAAGUACGGCAGCAAACCACAACGAUGUUCAUCAUCAAGAGGAGUUCAUGGAAAUUGAGCCUCAAGAAAGUUCAGGAGAUGCUAAGGAAGUGAGUGAAGAAAAGACAGAAGAUGGAGAACAUUUAACCGAGGGGAGUUGUGGUGCUGAUAGUAAGGAUUAUGUAACUACUGAUGCUAUGGAGACUGUUUCAACUCCCCCGCGUCCACUCAAAGUUAAAAUCAAAAUGUCUACAGGCAGCAUCACAAGGACGGUGACUGGUGUUGCACCAAAAAAAGGUGGAAGAGCCACUGGCAAGGGUGGGGGUGCUUCAAAGCCUUCAUCGGAGCGUCACAACACAAGAUCCAAGAAGGAGUUGGCACAGAAAUCUCAGCUGCUUCUAGAUAACAAAGACAAAACUUCAGCGGACGCCUCACAAAAAGUUUCUCCUACAGCAGUUAGCAUCACUAAAACUGUAGCCCUGCCUUCUGUCUCUGUCACCUUUCCCAAAGUCAGCCCAGGAGGGAUCAACGCACGCAGCCUGGGCCCAAGAGGGGUGUACAGUGGGAUGGCUCUUCCUGCUUCGGCACCUUUGCUCUCCCCUCAAGGCGGCAGCAGACCCGCCUCCAUAGUCAACAGCACAGGGGCGACUAUAUCAAAGAGUCAGACCAAUCUGGUGGAGGCUUUCAACAAGAUCCUCAACAACAAGAACCUGCUGCCCUGCUACAAACCAGAUCUGAGCUCCCCUCUUCCUGCAGAGUGGGGCCUCCCUCUUCCUGCACAGGGCUACCGCUGUUUGGAGUGUGGCGAUGCCUUCGCCCUGGAGCAGAGUUUAGUGCGUCACUACGCCCGCCGCUCGCUGAGGAUUGAGGUGACCUGUAAUCACUGCGCCAAGCGUUUGGCCUUCUUCAACAAAUGCAGCCUGCUUUUACAUGCCAGAGAGCACAAGGAGAAAGGCCUGAUCAUGCAGUGUUCACACCUGGUCAUGAAACCCGUACCUGUGGAGCAGAUGAUUAGCCAGCAGGAACCUGCGGUGAUCGGAGCGUCAGUAUCCUCUUUAGUUACCACCACCUCAAACCCAACACUCUCUCCAAAUAAAGCAACGCCCAACAAGAGAGCAGAGGCAGCGCAGUACAUCAGCAAUAAGUGCCCUGAAUGUCAGGCUCAGUUCAGCACCAAAGAAGAGGUUGCCGAGCAUUUUCAAGAAAUCAAACCAGCACAAACCACACCAUGCACAGAGUGUUCUCCUCCCAUGCUGCUACCCAACAGCUGCAGUGCUGCAGCUCAUCAACGCAUCCACCAAAGCAGCUCUCCUCAUGUCUGCCCUGAGUGUGGGGGCACAACCAAGCAGCCUCAGUUUCAAACACAUCUAGAUGAGACCUGUUUGCACUUUGCACGCCGCAUUGGCUACAGAUGUUCCAGUUGCCUGGUGGUGUUCGGAGGCCUUAACUCCGUGAAGUCUCACAUCCAACAGGCUCACUGUGAUAUGUUCCACAAGUGCCCGAGCUGUCCCAUGGCUUUCAAAUCUGCUCCCAGCACACAGAGCCACAUCAGCACACAGCACCCCACAGUCACAGAGGCACAGACAAUGUUGAUUUUUAAAUGUGUCAUGUGUGACACGGUGUUUUCAAACAAGCCCCUGCUGUACGUCCACUUUGACACUCAUUUAACCAAUCAGAAGGUGCAUGUGUUUAAAUGCCCUGAGUGCACCAAACUGUUUUCCCAGAGGAAUUCUCUACUGGAUCAUUUCAAGACCCAUAAGACUCUGGUGUUAAAACAGGAGCUGCCUUCACCUCUAGCUGCUCCCUCUCGUUCUCAACCUUCCUUGAAGUCAGAUAGCUCAGACGGGAAGGAAUGGAUGGAUGAAGAUAAAGAAGACAAGGUUAAGACAAAAAGGAUGAAGGCCCCCUCUGGAUGGAAAUGUGCACCUUGUCACUUAAUGUACACAGAGCGGGAGAAGUACAUCGCCCACAUGGCUGAACAACAUGGCAGGACUCUGAAGAAUUUCCCAUGCAACAAGUGUGACAGUUCGUUCACCACCACCUCCAGUAUGAGACGCCACAUCAGAGACAAACACAAAGUCACCAAUCGAGGCUUUCGCUGCAAGUUUUGUGGUGAGGGCAAGAAAACAUUCAACAGCAGAGCAUUGUUGGAGAGACACGUCCAGCUGAGACACAGCAUGGAAGCAGAGAGCAUUAACAUGCUGAUGGCAGGUGGAGAUGGGGCAGACAGUUCGUCCGAACAUGACAGCAGUUUGGUGCCUCGCCGGAGACGCAGAGGGGCUCUGAAGAAGGAGCAAGAUGAGGAGUCGGCAGAUGGGGCGAGUCCAGUCAAGAAGCUACAGUCCUCCUCCUCUUACUCCGUUCCUGAGUCUGGGUUCCGCUGUGCGCCUUGUGGCUUCACCACAGAGCACCAGGCUUCCUUCUUGGAGCACAUCAGCCAACACCAGCGAGGAGGGGCGGAGGGCAGCGGUCUGCAGUGCCAACAGUGCGGCACCUGCUUCACAUCCACCUCCUCAUUAGCACGCCAUCGCUUCAUCACACACAAAAUUAGAAAUGCGUUCUCUGAAAAGCAGAAGCCGUCUGUCAGCGCACACCCAGCUUCUUCUCCUGGUAUCAAGAGGAACCAAGAUGACAAGAGUUCUCUGGAUGAUUCAGCACCAGCAUCGCCGUCGUCUGUAACUCCAGGGAUGGAAGAAGAAGGCUCGCUGACGUGUAAAGUGUGUGGCAAACGAUUUGAAAGGACAUCAGAUCUGAGUACACACUUCAGAACUCAUGGUAUGGCUUUUAUCAGCGCAAGAAAUGCAGGGAAAUCUACCUAAGACGCAAGACGUGGGGCAAGGCAGAGCUGGUUGGUGAUUAAAAGAAAAAUUGCAAGUGCCUUAUAUGUCAUCGACCCCUCAUCAAAGUGUUAGUUUUUAUACCUAUGCACAAAUUCAACCAAAGAUCAGUCAGCGGGGGUUCAUUAGUGUCCAGAGUGUGGAGUUAUUUUGACUGAUCAUCAGUAUAAGAUUAACCUUCUGUUUGAUACACUCAGGACAUAAAGCAGCACUUCUGUGCUCACACUGUUGAGAUUAGAGCUGGUAGUUGGUCAGAGAGAGAAUCUGAUCAUUGUUUUAAACAUACUCACAUUAGAACAAUGUGCCUGUAGAGAGCUGUGAAUGAUGGAACCAAACCCUACUGUGAUAACAGGCUGUUUUCAUGAAUGUUGAUAGACCAUGGAAUGUGUGUUUUACUGAUUUCAAUUAUGUCAUCCCACAGUGGAGAUUUUGAAUGUGCAGGAUUGUUCAUACUGUAGGGGAAUAAUGGCCGUAAAGAGAAUGUUAGCUGAGUUACUAUUAAGUGUGUGAACUUUAAAUUUCCUGUCAGCCAUUUUCAAAACAAUGCGACUACACGAGAGAUCUAUUCAGCAUUCACAACUUCAAACUCUCAAAGACCUUUAGUUUAAUAAAACCCCAACAUGACUUUUGAUGGUGAUUAAGCCUUCACUUGCUGAUGAAAGCCCUCGUCUUUGUUGUCUCCUUUGGCGUUAAGAAACAAUUUGCUGAGUCAGCAUUCCUGUGUGAUGUCACAAUAAAGUUUUGACCAUGCAGUGAUUGGUCUGCUAAAGAUGUGUUGGGAGGAAGUGCACUGUACUGAGUAAACGGUUGCUGUGGUAGAACACACGAUUUCAAAAGCAAGUGCGUAUUUAAAGGAAGGAGUAGAAAUUUGUUGUUCAGCUGGAGAUCAGCAGUUAGACAUUUUCAGGGGUGCAAACAAAACGAACAUCUUUGAGAUUAUUUUAAAUGCAGCAAUUAACUUGUUUCCGAUUAAGCCUUUACAAGACUGAUACUUUAGCGGGGCUCGAAAUUCACCAAAAACUAGUGAGCUGUCGAAUCCUGAUUUUUGUGUUUUCCUUCUAGUGCUUGAGGAAUCUGACACAAGAAGGACAUAGUUCAAUAAAAGACUGCUUAGACUACUGGAACUCAUCACAACUUGUUUUUUUCUUCGUUGUUAUAUGUGUGAACAAAACAAGGACUGUGGAUUAUAUUUCCCCUCAUUUCACUGGACUCUUUUUUUCCUUUUUUCUUUUUAGGGUUCACCUUUCUGUCAAUGUGGGCAAGAGGGAUAAUUACUCUUUCUAACAGACGUACACCCCUGGUGGUAAAUCUAUUGGCAACUCUGAUAAGCGAGUUCAAGGCUCUGUGUGCUAACAUUGCAUAUUCCUCAAUAAAUACUUUUGUGAAAGAGUGAAAUGUAACCUAAAAACUUGUGGAAAUGAAAAGGUGUUUUCAGGUUGUAGUGAAUGUUGUAAAACCGAGAUGAACCCUUGAUUCCCUUUGAAGUGCAAUGUACUGUAUUUACAUCAGAUUUACUCCUCUGUGUGCACGAAACGGAGUUAGAAGUAUGUGCUUUGUGUUUUGAUUGGUAAAUAAGGUUUUAUGGGAUUACUGUUAACAGAACAGUGGUAUAUAUGUGAACCUUAUAUUUCUUAAUUCAUCCUGAAUCUUGCAAAACGAGAGAGAUAGAGAGAGAGAGAGGAUGCAUCCUUCCUUACUAAUCGGAUGUUCCUGUGUGGCUGUUAGAGUGAUUGGAGAGAUCAGGCUGACUACUUAGCGUCCACAGCCUCACAGAAAGAUGUCAAAUUGGAAAGUCAGACUAGUUUAAGUUGUUGUUUUUUUGGUAUAAAGAGAUACAUGUUUUUAAGUGCUGUGUUUUUAUUCUUCAUUUACAUAAAACUUUUCAUGCUUUGCAAACGGCUGGUAUAAUGAUGUACUGAAUCUUGAGCAACAGGGUCUCUAAAAAGAGCUAAUAUCUGUACACUCAGCAACUAUCCCUAUGAUGUGCUGCAGCCAUCAGUGGCCUGUUAAUGCUUGUGUUUACUACUCAGGAGAUUAUCCAGUGCUAACCUAUAUGUUAGUAAAAAAAUGUGAAAUAAA